AUGAGGCUGGAGCGCGGACGGCGGGCUUCUCUGGCGCUCACCCUCAACUUUGUGGCGUUUGCCUUUGCCCUGUCGGCCGUCACCACCAGCUACUGGUGCGAAGGGACACGGAAGGUGGCCAAGCCGUUCUGCACAGGGCCGCCCAUCAAGAUCAAGCAGUUCUUCUGCAUCCGCUUCAAUAGCUCGAACAUCAACGACAGCCGCCUGGUGCAAUAUAUCUUUGAGACUGGGGAGGAGAAGUUCCUGCUCAAGAAGUUUCACACUGGGAUCUUCUUCUCCUGCGAGCAGGCAGCCGACAUGAACGGCUUUGACUGUCGUGACUUCUCUGAGAUCGCCCCGGAACAUGAACGAGGGGUGCUGUGGUUGUGCAUUGUGGCUGAGACCUUGUACUUGAUGCUGCUGUUUGCGGGUGGCACCCUGAUGACCUUGGAGCAGUGUCCUUGUUUCAGCGUCAUGAACAAACUCAAGCUGAGUGCCUUCGCCGCCUUGUGCACUGCAUUAUCAGGCCUUUGUGGGAUGGUGGCCCAUAUGAUGUUCACCACCAUUUUUCAGCUGGCUGUGGCCAUGGGUCCGGAAGAUUGGAGGCCCAAAACAUGGGACUACAGCUGGUCUUAUGUACUAGCAUGGGGAUCGUUUGGCACCUGCAUGGGCUCAGCGGUGACGGCACUAAACCGUUACACCAAGACCAUUAUCGAGUUCAAGUUCAAGAGGAGGAACAUCGAGAAAAGCCUAUUAGUCAAGCAAAAGCUGCUGGAGCUCGAUCUCCCUGACCACAUGUGGUACCUGACGACAGAUGCAGAGGUGCCGCCAGAGUUGCCACUCAACGGCCACAAACCACCCACGGGGGCCACAUAUACCCUAGAACUGGAUCAUGUGGCUGAGCCGCAAGGAGAGGCCUACUGUUAG